AAAGGUGAGCGAUUUUUACUGUACGAAAAUUUGGCAACGAGAGGAGAAGAGGGAACUGUUAUAAUUUUUGCGACGGAUGAUAAUCUGCGGAAGCUAGCAUCUUCCCCCAUUUGGUUCGCUGACGGAACUUUCAAAGUUUCCCCGAAAAUUUUUACUCAAGUUUUCGUCAUUCAUGGUAUGUACUUGGAUAGCGCUUACCCUUUUGUCUACGCUCUGUUGGCGAAUAAAAGUGAAGAAUCUUAUACAACGGUUUUUAUGCAGGUGAAACAAUAUUACAUCGAUAAUAACAUAGCCACUUCAGGGGAUUUAACUAAUAUGUGUGAUUUUGAGCUAGCCAUCAUCAACGCGCAGCAAGCCAUUUUUGAUUAUGCAAAUAGCAGACUUUGCUACUUCCACCUCGCACAAUCAGUGUACAGACACGUACAGGAUGCAGGAUUGCAGGCUCAAUACCGAGAUGAAAAUGAUAGGUCAAUAAAAAUCGGUGUCCGCAGUAUCCUCGGGCUGACGUUGGUUCCAACUGACGACGUGGCAGAAGCCCUCGACUUACUUGAGGAAGAUCUGCCAGAUGAACUUUUAGGAACAGUGGAGUACUUUGACCGGGUUUACGUCCGAGGAAUUGCAGCACGAGGGAGGCGUCGAGCGGUCCCGCCUCGAUUCCCACCAAAAUGGACCACUAGACAAGGUUGGAACCGUCGUCUAAACGUAGUGGUUGGGAAGAGCCAUCCAUCUUUUUACCACUUUCUGCGGGAGCUCCGGAAAGAACAAGGUGCCGUAGAGAUGAUGCUCCUGGACCGGCAGCUGGGUAAGGCCGUCCGACCGCCACAACGUAAAAAAUACAAACAGCUAAACGAGCGGCUGCAAAAUCUAUGUCAAAAGUACCAGCAGUACGAAGAAGAAAAAACCCUUCUAAAGUUCUUAAAAGGAUGUGGCCUGUGCAUUCAUCUUUGGGAGGUAAUUGGACAACGAGAUAAGGAGGUAACUGGACAGCAACAGCAGGAGGUAACUGGACAGCAACAGCAGGAGGUAACUGGACAACCACAGCAGGAUCCGUUUCUGCCGAUCCACUCGUCAGUUCCGGGAUAA